UGACCACAGUACUUCAUUCAUACUUGCUAGCAACCCACCAGUUUCAAACUCACAGCCGUGUCGGUCAGACGUUCCACCAUCAAAAUGAGUUUCGCUACAAUAGCAUAUCGAUAUGUUCUCACAUAUUUCUUAAGUUUGUUAUACACCGCACUUGCGUUGAUUGGACUUAGUUUUAACUAUGUGAAGAAAGUGAUUACUGAUCCCGGAUAUAAGAACCUCAAGUUGUUACGACCCAACUGCCUGGUAGACCCGAAAUAUGGAGUUCAUAAAUAUAUCAAAGUUAAUAAUGUAAAACUACAUUACGUGGAGAGCGGCGAUCCCUCAAAGCCGCUUAUGCUAUUUCUGCAUGGAUUUCCAGAAUUUUGGUACUCCUGGCGGCAUCAGAUCCUUGAAUUUCAGAAGGAUUAUUGGUGUAUAGCAGUCGAUAUGCGAGGAUAUGGAGACUCUGAGCGGCCUGAAGCUGUUUCAGCGUAUAAAAUAGAUGUCCUUGUUGAAGAUGUACGUGAUCUCGUCCGUCAGCUAGGUCGCGAGAAUUUUAUCCUAGUAGCCCACGACUGGGGCGGUGUCAUAGCUUGCAAAUUCCGGGAGGUUUAUCCUAAAUUACUAAGUGCAGUUAUAGUAAUAGCUAGUAUGUCAUUAGAGAGUUUUAUAUACAGCAUAUUCAAUGAUAGCAAGCAGAGGAAAUUGUCGUGGUACGUGUUCUUCUUCCAAAUGCCGGCAAUUCCCGAGCAGUUCCUGGAGAUGAACCAUCUUCAGGUGUUCGACAAAAUGAUGAUGGUACCUGGAAAGGACACCGUUAGCGCCGAAGACUUAGAAGCGUAUAAAUAUUGGUUCGGAAAACAAUUCGCCUUCACGCCUCCAAUCAACUACUACCGAGCCAACUUCAGAUUCGACGUGUUGGAUCCACAAAAGCGCUUUACCGACAAAGUACCCAUGCUCGUGGUUCGUGCCGCCGAUGACAUUGCUAUAGGCCCUCAACCCAUGGAAUACAUGAAACAAGUCUAUGAACAUUUAGACACCCUGGUCGUCCAAGGCUGUGGCCAUUUCAUGCAGCAAGAAGAACCGGCUGAAGUCAACAACAUAAUAAGAGAAUUCCUCGCGAAGCAGAAGCCAUAAUUUUGUAGAUACCUAUUUAAGUCUCAGAGAUUUAAACUAUGGAGUGCAAUAUGAAUGUGAAAUUAUUAAUGCUUAUUGUAAUGUAAGAAUAUUUUCUGUUUCGCUUCAAAAUAAUUUAAUAUAUAAAUAAUUUUUCAAACCAACGAAGCCAUGUAGUCUAUAUUUAAUAUAGUUCGCUAUGAGCUACCUACUCAAAUUUCUGUAACAUUUUGAAUGUUUGUUGAAAAUCUGAGUCUUAACAUUCGAUUUUCUAUAUUUGUACACGUGCAACCCUAAUAUUUGUAUACCUUUAAUCAGAAGAAUUUAUUCGAGCAAAUUAUAUUAAUGAGCAAGCUAAAAUAAUAAAUAUAGUAACAAAGAUAGUAAAUAUUUUUGCGCCAUGCACUUACAGCAAAGCAAAAAUACACCUGAUCGAAAAUAAAUAGCUUCUUAAUAAUAGAAAAUAAAUUGUUGGUAUACAAGCCAUAUAAUAUUGGCAGAAGCAAAGUAAGAAUUUUCAAUUGAUUGCAUAUUGUGCUAUUUGGCGUUAUACAGAAGAUAUUUACGGGCAGUUUUGACUUUUGGCACAAUGCAAAGAAACUAGUCAUUGUUAAGCAAUUAAGUAAGUUUAUACAGUGUUCGUCUUACGUCUUCCAUCUAUUUCAGGGUUUUUGUUACAUUGGUUAGCUUUUAAGUUUACAUCAGAAAAUAAAUAAAAUAGUUUUAAAAUGA